AUGCUGACAUACGCGAUCCUCCUCGGAAUGAUUGUGAAGACGAGUGCAGAGGAGCAGUGCGAGGAUGCUGGCCUCUUGCAGUCCAAGACCAAGACAGCUUCAGGCGACGAGAAGCUGGACCUUGGCUCCUCGUGGUUCUUUUCAUGCGGCAGUGGCGGCAGAGGUGAGCCAGGCACUGUGGAUGGACUUUAUACCUUCGGAGCCCCGGGGUCAGCUUCGCCGGGUUUCGAAUUGAGAUCCGCCGACGGAGGCUGUUUUCCGGGAGCACGGGUUGUCACCCUGCGAACAGAAGGCGAAAUGGAGCAAACAGAUCCCAUAGCAUGGCUAGCUUCCAGGGUCAGCCUUUGGCACCCUCGCAUGGAUCUCUACCUUUUGGAUGUCGACGACCCAUCCAAAGACCGCUACUAUCCCUGCACGCUGAGCAAUGUUCAGCAUUGGCCUAAUUCGACAUGGUUGGUUCGAGCAGACUGGUCUCUCCACAGUGGGACGUACUUUAACCAAGUGGCUGCGAGAAGUUCCAACACAUUCGUGAAACGAUUGAGCAAUUGGGCACUGGAUCUGUCGUACACCCGAGAUGCAGAGAAAGGCGCUGAGCUUGCGCGUCAAGGAGGCUUUCGUGUGGUCGGUGCAGCAAGGUAUCAACCAGGAGACUCCAGAAUGAUCUUGGACGCGCCCUUGUGGCCCAAUUGGUGGCAAUUCGGUGAGCAGGUUUCCUACCUCGUCCAGCAUCCGCAAACCUUGGAGUGCCUUGUGACUUUUCAAGGCACCUAUGAUACUGUGGACUGGUCGCAAAAUGCCAGGGGUAUCACUCGAGAAUUUUGUGGUCUAACCCUGCCAGACGAUCGAUGCUGUCCGUGGCCGCUACCCACAUGCAGAGGGGACUGCCGUGUGCAGCGCGACGGUGAUUCUUUCGUGCAUUCAGGCUUUUGGGCCGAACUUUACCGGAUGACACAAGUCCCAUCAUGGCAGCAGAACAUCCGCCCACGUCUUCCAUACUGCAAAGAAGUUUCCGUGUUUGGCCACUCGCUGGGUGGUGCUAUGUCGACCCUCUUCGCUGCAUGCAUUGGAAGGGCGCCCAAGAACGGCACACAUGGAUAUGAGGACUAUGCAAGCAUUUCCUGGACCAAGCAGAGGCCAAAGCUACUUCCCGAGAAUGCUACGUUUGAGAUAUAA